AUGCCGUCUUUCCUCGACCUACCGCCCGAGAUUCGUCUGAUCAUUUACACCUACUCACUAAACCCGAACGAAUAUGUCUGUGGGUAUCGUCAAAUAGAGCUUCUGGCCGCCGCCGAAAUGGACCGUGCUCGCGGUCCUGUAUGCGCCUACCCACGACCUUACAUAGAACGACAUACACCAACUAUUCUCCUGAUCAACAGACAGAUCACUGCGGAAGCGCUUGAGGUUCUCUACAAAAUACCCCUCAACCUCUAUGAGACGCCACCAACGUAUUUCGUUAUGCGAAACAUGGAUAUAACCGAGUUCAUCAGCGAGCAUCUACUUCAGAAAAUCCAGCAUGGCAUUCUGAGAAUGGACCAUGCCCAAAAGUUCCAUAUUCUGACUUUAUUGGACAUAUGGGCCUUCGCCGGUUCCCAGAGGUCAUUGGAAGAUUGUGAAACAAAGGGUGUGUCUCUCAACACCAAAGACCUCGCAUUACCUAGAUAUUUCAUUCUGACAAUCUUGGAAAUUAAUCAGCUUCGAACAUUUUCGAAUACUGUACCGGUCAUAUUCCAUCGAGUCGAAGACCCGCUCAAAGCAGAUAACUUCGAAACAACGAACCCUCCGAGCAACUGGGGCAGACCACCUCGUAUCGGGCCUCCAACAAGUCCUACUUAG